GUUUGUUAUCUUCAGCCAAUAAAGGCAGGGACAAGUUUUUAUGCCAUGCUCUUUAUUAAGGCAGCGGCAGAGACCAGGACACUCCAGUACGGACACAAACAGCAGACAGACUGUAUCCAGUGCGAAAGUACUUUACCUUGGACAUCAAAGGGCACAAACACAACCAUGAUCAACACUUUCAUUCUUUUCCUUCUGCUUGUUGGAGGCAACAGUCAAAUGACUUCAGAGCCAAUUGAUGAUUCAACCGAUAGUACUACGGAUGGUCCAACCGAUGGUCUGACCAAUGGCCUGACUGAUGGUCUGAUCGAUGACCUGACCGAACAUCUGACCGAUGGCCUGACCGAUGACUUGAUUGAUGGUCCGACCGAUGGCCCAACCAAUGACCUGAUCGAUGGCCUGACCGAUGACCUGAUUGAUGGUCCAACCGAUGGCCCAACUGAUGACCUGAUCGAUGGCCUGACCGAUGGUCUGACCAAUGACCUGACCGAUGGCCUGACCGAUGAUCUGACCGAUGGCCUGACCGAUGACUUGAUUGAUGGUCCGACCGAUGGCCCAACCGAUGACCUGAUCGAUGACCUGACCGAUGUCCUGAUUGAUGGUCCGACCGAUGGCCCGACCGAUGGCCUGACCGAUGACCUGACCGAUGGCCUGACCGAUGACCUGAUUGAUGGUCCGACCGGUGGCCCAACUGAUGACCUGAUCGAUGGCCUGACCGAUGGCCUGACCGAUGGCCUGACCGAUGACCUGACCGAUGGCCUGACCGAUGACCUGAUUGAUGGUCCGACCGAUGGCCCAACUGAUGACCUGAUCGAUGACCUGACCGAUGUCCUGAUUGAUGGUCCGACCGAUGGCCCGACCGAUGGCCUGACCGAUGACCUGACCGAUGGCCUGACCGAUGACCUGAUUGAUGGUCCGACCGAUGGCCCAACUGAUGACCUGAUCGAUGGCCUGACCGAUGGCCUGACCGAUGACCUGACCGAUGGCCUGACCGAUGACCUGAUUGAUGGUCCGACCGAUGGCCCAACUGAUGACCUGAUCGAUGGCCUGACCGAUGAUCUGACCGAUGGCCUGACCGAUGACUUGAUUGAUGGUCCGACCGAUGGCCCAACCGAUGACCUGAUCGAUGACCUGACCGACGUCCUGAUUGAUGGUCCGACCGAUAGCCCGACCGAUGGCCUGACCGAUGACCUGACCGAUGGCCUGACCGAUGACCUGAUUGAUGGUCCGACCGAUGGCCCAACUGAUGACCUGAUCGAUGGCCUGACCGAUGGCCUGACCGAUGACCUGACCGAUGGCCUGACCGAUGACCUGAUUGAUGGUCCGACCGAUGGCCCAACCGAUGACCUGACCGAUGGCCUGACCGAUGACCUGAUUGAUGGUCCGACCGAUGGCCCAACUGAUGACCUGAUCGAUGGCCUGACCGAUGGCCUGACCGAUGACCUGACCGAUGGCCUGACCGAUGACCUGAUUGAUGGUCCGACCGAUGGCCCAACUGAUGACCUGACCAAUGACCUGACCGAUGGUCCAGAUGACUUAUCAGGCUUCACUGUUUAGUUGGACGAAGGCAUUGAACUUUCCGUUGGGUUUCGCAAUGGCAAAGGAAUUAAUGAUCGCCUCCUUGUUAUCCAAUUAGUUGAUGGCGAAGUCAAAGUAAUUCCGACCAAGGCGUCAGACUCUAAUACUUUAGAAAGCGCUCAGUCGUUUAUCUGAAUUAGAACUGCAGCAAUAUUAGUUUGGCAGUUAUUUCUGACAUCAUGUUCCUGUUGUACCUUUCUAACUGUCAUUCUAUUACUGACCAUUGGGGGCGGUGUUUGUGUUUCUUUCUUUGGAAAAGUACAUCUGAUAGAAAAUCAUGAAGUCUUUGAGCUACCUGGUACGUGCAUUCUUUUCCGGUCCUCAAUCAAUCAAUAAAAUUAUGUAAACAAA